AUGGCCCUCCCGACGACCGUUGUCGUUCCCAUCUCCCAAGACAGGGCCACCGCAAGUCGCUCCAACUCGCUGGUUAGCACCGCGAGCUCGGGGGGUGCAUCGCUGAGGCGUCGAUCGCGGACGAGGACGAGAACACUCACGGGAGGGAGGAGGCCAAAGAGUUUGGGACGCUCGGCCGCUCGGCGUGGUGAAGGGCACGACGAGUCUCCCUAUGGAGGCAUCGCCCCGCCUACUCCCAAAGGUUUUUCGGACGAAUCUCAGGAUAUCGCGGUUUCAUCACAUCCUGGGACUCCCACGCAGCUCUCACAUACGCCACGUAGGCCAAAAACUGCUGGUUCAGAAAGGAGGCCUAGUCUGGAGGACAAAGAGGACAAGGGUGCAUCCUCCAGUCGCGUUGUGCGCGAUGACGUUCGCGGCAGACAAACCAAGUCAGAAGGUGGUUCCGUGCGAGGGGUGAAGACGAGGCUGCGCGGGAUGAGUUUACCUCGUCAAGCUUUCAAGGUGAAGGGUUCCUCAGGUUCAUCCUCACAGCCAAGUCCUACGGCCCCCGGUGAAGGCCACCCAGAGAUGUCCGCAAACCGUGCUGGAGGAAGUGCUUGUCGAAACUUCAGGGAUUCGGUACUUACCCAGCAUUCUUCGACGUCGUCCUCGCUAUAUCCUGCGUCGACCUACUCGGGUUCUCAGACCGAGUCUUCGCUUUUACCGAGUUCGUUUGACGGCGAUGAGCAAACGUCCGCGUUUUCCCCUGAGAUCGUGCUGCCAGGCAAUCCUGAGUUCGACGCCGACGAUGUGUCUUACCGUCUGCGUCUGCUUGUGAACAACAGCUACUUCCUACCGCCUGCUCACGCAAAACCUUCUCCAAUGUCGUUAGUGCCGAUGUCACCAUCGAAAAAGACACAGGGCAAGCAGACCAAUGCAACGUUCCUGGACUUUUUCAGGAUAGGGAAGUCCAAGUCGAAGCCUACGACUCCGGUUUUACGCAGCCCUCCAGCACUCGAUCAGUCCGGACCCAUCCUGAGGACGACCUCUGAUUCAACCACAGCGUCUGGCUAUGUUCCUCGCCCUCACGCGAGUUUGCAACCUCAGACGCCUACUCCUCCUGUUCCUAAUCUGAACGCCAUGAACCGAGUGGUAGUACUACGUGAGCGAAUGCAAGACCUUGCUACAGCUGCGAAGGAAGCAGAACAGGAUAUCAAAAGCCGGGCAGAUGUGCGUAGGACGAAGAGUCAGACUACACCUCAUGAAAACGACUUGGUUGACGACGUCAUUGAUCCUACUGAUGCUGUCGAUCUUCCGCCGUCUUUGGAGGACUAUCCAUUCGCUGUUCAGGCGUCGGCGGCCUUUGGGUUGGGUGUUCGGGAGUCAGUGGGUGCAGCGGUUCUGGCAGAACAAUUACCUCCGUCAAGGAGCCCCGGAGAUUGGUCAUCCAGUACAGAAGACGAUUCGUGGCGGAAGGAACUUUUACGGGAGGCGAUCACUCACUCCUUGAACAGUGCGUCGGACCAUUCCUUUCUUUCCUCUCCUGAACAGUCAUCUGCGUCCCCCACGUCUCCAACGACGACUUCGACUACUGAAUCCCGUGCGGCUGAUUCCACCUUUACACUGUCAUCGACUUCAACGCCUAGGCGCGGUAUUGGUCGGCCGAUUCUGCAACACCUCACGUUGAUCGCGGAGAUCGAGCAGCAGCAUAACUCGAACGCUCCAAAGCCGAGUCCAAACCCUCCUCACAGUACUGCCACUCUCUCCCCGACUCAAAGGACACUGAUACAGGCCGCUCGUCGUUCAUGGCUAUCAGAGACUGUUCCUCCCGCGCGUGCAGAGACUCCGUCGGAGCCGCUACCCCUUGCCCCACCACCUCCCCGUAGGCAGCUCAUCAAUCCUCUGUACUCGCUUUCGCAGCCUGACCUGUCAGAAUCGAAUUCGAGGGACCGGGAGCAGGUCUCUGUAGGGUCAUCAGAGGCCUACUCAUCGGUCGUACGAAAGGCGGUGUCGUCACCGCGGCUUUCUGCGGUCCAUGAGCGUGCAAAUGUUGCUCAGAGAACUAUGUUCUCGAUUUCGCCACCUCCGUUAUCCAUCCAUCAGAUAACGUCGUCUCGUUCGUCGCCGGCCCUGCAGGUGCUUGGCGAUAACCCGUCGUUUUCGUCUUACCGUAGUUUUAUCAGCGGGUCACGUUUAUCUGACGAUGAUUUGUCCUACGCGACGCCUAUGGAUACCGACGGGGAAGAGUCAGCACCAAGAGCAUCUGUCUCGGUGUCUUUGUUCUCUGGGGACCGACCGUCGAUAUCAGAAUACUCUCCCCAUUCUCCCGCUGCCUCCGCGUUCCGCGACGCAGUAUUUGGGAGCUGUCGUUCACCCUCGCCGUACGCGAGACGGAGUAUCAACGAGAAUGGUUCUGGUCCUUCCAGGGUGGUGUCUCCUUUGCGCGACGCAGAUCCCGAACCUCGCAGUGCUGCUAUGUCCCCGCCACCCCGCGUGUCUUCGUCGUUGGGCCCCACAGUCUUACCUCCCCCUCCUAGAUCACCUGCAGUGAAGCCCUUAUAUCGCCCUUCCACCCCUUCCCAUGCGUCGUCAGAGGCUGGCCAUCGUUCCUUUACUUCCGUUGGUGGCAUGCCAGAGCCGUCUGUCGACAAGGCGUCCAUGGAGUCUUUCAUCCACCCUGCUCCUGCGGUUCCUAUUUCGGAUAGGCGAGGGCUCACGUCACUAUCACUGCGCAUCCCUACCGAGGAUGUUGCUUCUUCCAUUCAUUCCGCGCCGGCGCCCGCGUCACCCACCGCGUUCUUUGACCGCAUUCAAUCGCACCACAAUGCGAUGGACGACUUAGACACGUCAGACGAGAGCGAGGACGAGGAGGACACACAUCCUCCCCCACCCCCACCGAUGUAUGCCGAGCCGCGCAUUCCUCGCACCCCAACAUCGUCGCACCGCGUCUCGAGCGUCGGUUCACGGCCGUCGAUCAUGCGAUUGGGCAACCACUCGACACCUCACCUAAGGCCUCCGAAUGCCUUUAGGGAGGGUGUGUCGUAUGACGUGUCUGACCGGAAGAAACCCAUCGGGAAUGUGCCAGAAACACCACCCCGCGCAAGCUUCUUCUCGGUGCGCAAGAGGCUUGUGGGCGGUACUGAUGCCCCGCUGUUCCCGUUUGCGCCACAGCAUACCCCGUCCUCGCGUUCACGCUCGCUCUCUCGCCGGCCAGCAACUGCAGAAGGCAGCCGGUCGCGGAGGUGGCAGCGCGAGUCGCUGCAGAAGUUCGACGGGAUGCUGUUACAGCACAUGCAGGCCGAGCGGGACAGGAUCAAACAGAUUACGAGCAACAUCUCGGGAUCCAGAAACUGA